AUGUCGGUAAACAAAGAGAGUGUUGCUGGAGGGUCCGUGGUCCAGGAGACUGGGAGGAAGGCUGAUAAUCUGAUUUGUGAAGAUUUCUGCAUAUCUCAAAUUACUUUGAUUAACGUAUUUGAUUAUAUAUUUUCUUAUACCUUUUCAGAAAUUUUGAAUAAUGCGUUGGAUCAUUCGAAAGAAAAUGAUGUUGAUGAUGAUCCAGAAUCUUAUGUGGUUGUUGGUCAAGAUUAUGAAGAACCAGUUUCACUUGAGGGUAGUGUAGUUAAGGAUGAUGAUGAAGCGUAUGAGUUAUACAACAGUCAUGCUUUUAGGAAUGGUUUUGGUACUAGGAAGGGUAAAAAGGAGUAUAGGAAUGGUACCAAAAUAGUUCGGCAGAGGUUCUUUGUUUGUGCAUAUGAGGGUUUUAAAAAAGCUGAUGGUGUUGUGCCUAAAUGUUACAAAAAAAAAUUGAUAGGAGAACUGGAUGCAAGGUCUCAUAGGAACCUAUCAAAAGAACAGUUGGCCUUCCUUACUACGUUUAGUUGUAGUGGUACUAAGCUUGCCGAUGUUCUUAGAGCAAUGAGGAAAGAAGUAGGUGGUGAAGCUCAUUUAGGAUUUACUAUUCCUGAUGCAUAUGAUGCUGUCAAUGCGGAGAAAAAGAAUAAGUUGGAUGGUUGUGAUUCAAAUCAAUUGAUUAGGUGGUUUGCAAUGAGACAAGCUAAUGAACACGGCUUUUAUUAUGAUUUUCAACUUAAUGAAUUUAAUCAAUUGACCAACUUUUUUUGGAGAGACGGGAGAAUGCGGUCUGAUUAUGAAGCAUUUGGGGAUUUAUUGAUUCAUGAUACAACAUAUCGUACUAAUAAAUACGAUAUGAUAUGUGGUCCUUUUGUUGGAAUGUAUCUCCACACUCAAAAUAUCAUGCUUGGAGUUGGGUUUCUUUUGAAUCAGAAGGCAGGUUCUUUUGAGUGGCUUUUUAAUUCUUUUUUGAUAUCUAUGGGUGGGAAGCAACCGGUUACUAUCAUGACAGAUCAGAGUUCUGCCAUGGACAAGGCUAUAAGGGAAGUGUUUCCUAAAUCAAGGCAUCGGUUAUGUACGUGGCAUAUAGGAGAAAAUGCUAUUGUAAACAUCAAAGGUGUUAUGGCUAAGGAUGGUUUCAAACGUAGAUUUGAUUAUGUUUUGAAAUAUACUGACACAAUUGCGGAAUUUCAGCAUUAUUGGAAUAGUCUUAUGACUGAUUACAAUUGCAAGACAUACAAAUGGAUAAAGAGGUUAUAUGAUUUGAAAGAGAAAUGGUGUCCUGCAUAUAACAAAGAGUGGUUUUCUGGGGGUAUUUUAUCUUCUCAAAGGAGUGAGACCACAAACCAUUCUAUUUCUAGGAGUAAGGAGAACAAGAGAGAUUAUAAUUCUUCUACUGGAAAUAGAUAUUACGCAUGUGCGGAUAACAUGUUAUGUUUGCAUGCGCGGGAUGUGUAUACCAUUGAAAUAUAUUUGAUAUUUGAGCAACGAUUCAUCAAAGCAAUUGGUUUGAGGUGUCAACGCAUUUCCUAUGAGUUUCCAGUUUCUAAGUAUAUUGUUGGGCAUCCUACAAAGGAUUUCAUUAGACAUGUUGUGAAGUUUAAUGAGCAAGAGAUGGUUGUUGAUUGUACUUGCAAGUCAUAUGGAGAAAUAGGAAUUUUUUGUUCUCAUAUUCUUCGAGUUUUUAUUGUCCAUAAUGUUGAAGAGAUUCCCAAACAAUAUAUUAUGAAGAGAUGGACCAAAGAGGCUAUGAACACGAUUGUUGAAGAAGGAGAAGAUAGAGAUAAUGAAGUAAGUGUUGUUUCUGCUUCAGUUUGGAGGAUGCAAAGCAUAAGAAAUUGCAUUAAAGUUAUAAAUGAAGCUCAACAUUGUCCGGCUGCAAGGAAGCUUAUUGAUUUGGGUGUGUUGGAUAUGUCAUGCAAAGUAAAGGAGUAUAUUGGUGGUGUUGAAGGGGAUGGUAAUGUAUCAAACAACUAUGUGCGUGAUGAAACUCUACUUGAUGUCGUUGAGCCUUCAACAGACACAGUUUUGUCGGAUGUUGUGGAGCCGAUUGCUGAAAAAGUCAUUCCAACAAUGAUUCAAAAUCCACCAAAGCGAAAGAGGAAGAUUAAGAACGGGACUGAAAAGGCUAAUGAGAGGAAUGUGAGACCUAAAGGAAUUGUUGAGAAGAAACGCAAUAAACUGAAAGGUUGGAACAAGAGAAGAGAAAGACAUGUUGAUAAUUUGAGGGAGGAAACUCAGUCUACUAAUCAGUGUAUCAUAAAUUUACCUGUUGGUGGGGUUUUGGUCAUCCAACAUCUUCAAAUUCACAAUUGGAAGCAUAUGUUCCAGAUGAUUAUUUUGGAGUACACAUACAUCCUUUGUAGAUUCUUUUCGUGA